CCAGAUGGAAAGCAAACAAGGGCCGUUCCCCCCAGCCCUUCCGCCCUUUGACUGAUCACUUACCCGGCCGCCUGGGCAUCUGCAGGGAAUGGCCCGAACCAGACUGAGCAGCAUGUCUGCCAACCAGGCUUUGGCCUGUGCAGUUUUCAUCCUAGAAAUAAGUGUCCUGGCUACUGAGUCUACUCCUAGUUAUGCCCUCCAGCCCACCGGCGAGAGCACAGUGCUGCCCAUAGACUGCAGGAUGAGCCCUUGGAGUGAGUGGUCGCAGUGUGACCCUUGCCUCAAACAAAUGUUUCGCUCACGGAGAAUCGAAGCCUUCGGGCAAUUUGGCGGGCGCAGGUGCACAGGCACCUUGGGGGACAGGCGGCAGUGUGUGCCCACCGAGGUCUGUGAAGAGCCGGACAGCGACUGUGGAAAUGGCUUUCAGUGCGGCACAGGCCGGUGCAUCAAGAGGCGACUUCUUUGCAACGAGGACAAUGACUGUGGGGACUUCUCAGACGAGGACGACUGCGAGGCGGACCCCCGUUCCCCCUGCCGCCAGAGGGCCGUGGAGGAGUCAGAGCUGGGGCGGACGGCAGGCUUCGGCAUCAACAUUUUAGGAAUGGAUCCCAUGAACACACCUUUUGACAACGAGUACUACAACGGACUCUGCGAUCGAGUUCGGGAUGGGAACACCUUGAAGUAUUACCGGAGGCCCUGGAAUGUGGCUUCUCUGGUCUAUGAAACCAAAGCUGAUAAGAACUUCAGAACUGAGAUCUAUGAAGAGCAGUUUGAAUCAUUCAGAGGCAUCUUCCAAAAAAAGAUAUCAAAUUUCAAUGCAGACUUAACUCUGAAGUUUACACCAACUGAAGUAUUUAAACACGUGAAGAAUGGACCUGAAAAACCUCCUCAGAAAACACCUCCAAGUUUAAAAAGUGAACCUCAAGAGCCUUCUACAGAAGCACAGCCCUCAAGGAAUGUAGAGCUCAACAGUAAUUUUAGAUUUACGUAUGCCAAAAAUGAGACUUAUCAAUCGUUGUUGUUAUAUACUGCUAAGAAGGAUAAAAUAUUUCUGAAUGUGAAAGGAGAGGUUCAUUUGGGAAGGUUCGUGAUGAGGAACCGGGACGUCAUGCUGACGACAACUUUCCUGGAUGACAUAAAGGCCCUACCCACCACCUAUGAAAAGGGGGAGUACUUUGCAUUUUUGGAAACCUACGGAACCCACUACAGUAGUUCAGGGUCUCUGGGAGGACUCUAUGAACUCAUUUAUGUCUUGGAUAAAGCAUCCAUGAAGGAGAAAGGUAUUGAACUAAGGGAUGUACAGAAAUGCCUGGGGUUUGAUGCGGAGUUAUCUCUGAAAGGUGUUGUUGAAGCUUCAGCACAUGCAAAGAAAAAUAAAUGCUUAAAGUCAACUGUAGUUGGAACUGUAAACAUCACCAGCGACAACCUCAUAGAUGAUGUUAUUUCACUCAUAAGAGGCGGAACCAGCAAGUAUGCAUUUGAACUGAAAGAAAAACUUCUGAAAGGAGCGAAAACAGUGGAUGUGAGCGAUUUUGUGAAUUGGGCCACGUCCUUAAACGAUGCACCAGUGCUGAUAGAUAAGCAACUAUCUCCCAUAUAUAACCUGGUUCCAGUGAGGAUGAAAGACGCCCACCUGAAGAAGGAGAACCUGGAGCAAGCCAUUGAGGAGUACAUCACUGAGUUCAGUUCCAGAAAGUGCCAGCCGUGUCAGAACGGAGGGACCGUCAUUCUGAUGGACGGGGCGUGCACGUGCUCCUGCCCGAAACAGUUCAAAGGACUCGCCUGUGAAGCCAACAAGCAAAACCUGUGAGGACUGGCACCCAAAACAAAAAGUUGUUGGUCUCCCUGGAACUCUACGGAAGAACACAUUUCUGGACCUUCCCGUACAGGAGCCCGCCCUACAGAAAGUCCUGCCUUCCUUCUGAAAAGGGACACACUUUAAGAAAUCUUACCGACAACUGAAGUUGUUUCUCUCUUAGAUCCAGAUUUUUUUCCCCUUCCUUAAACUCCUAGAAUGUUUCCACUUGUUAUGCCCUAAUGAGGAUAGUCAGCGGUAAAAUAUGCCAGGACCGCCCUGUCCCCACAGGCAAUGCCAAUCUCUUGCUAACAAAACAAAAUUAAAUUAAAAAGAGAAGGUUGGUUUAAAAGGC